AUGAUCGGACACCUGAAAAAAACACAAAAAUUGAGGUCAGGAGACCUACUUGUAGAAACUGCCUCACCUCAAUUGUCGGCAAAACUUCUAGCUGCAAAGAAAUUGGAAGACAUUGAAGUCACAGUCACACCACAUGGAAGUUUGAACUCAUCACGUGGUGUGAUAUCUGAGUUUGAUCUGAUGUCUGAAGAUGAAUCAGCUAUUCAGAUGAACCUAUCAGACCAAGGUGUCACUGCUGUUCGACCUAUCUCCAUUCGUCAGGAUAGCAAGUUAAUACCAACCAAACAUUUAAUUCUCACCUUUAACAAGCCGACAUUGCCAUCUUUUAUUACAGCAGGUUAUAUGCGCUGCCCUGUCCGUCCGUACGUUCCAAAUCUGCUGCGUUGUUUCAAAUGCCAGCAGUUUGGACAUUCACAGACAUCCUGCCGUGGCAAGAGUGUAUGUGCACAGUGUGGGACUGAAGGUCACGAGAGUACUGAGUGUACCAGUACCCCAUGCUGUGUUAACUGCAAAGAUGCCCAUCCUUACUCUUGA